AAUAAAUUUAUUUUAAAAAACACUUGAUAAUGUUUGAUAUUUAUAAUAAGCAUUGCUAAGAACUUUGACAAUUUAAAAGGUGAUUUUCCCAAUGUUUGGAUUUGGAACUCUCAGAUUUUUUCAAUUGAAAUCUGGUUGAAUUAAUGACAUUAAACAUCAGGAUUUAGGUUAAGAGUUUAUUGUUCGUUGUGUUGUAAUCCACAUUAGGAGAAAGAAGAGGAAUGAAGCGGAAAGCGGAUAAUGAUUUUCAGAGUGUUUCUGGUGAAGGCAAACCGUAUGCUCUGAGGAAACGCAUCAAACUUUCAGAGAUGGAGAACACAAGAGACACAGAGAUGACCAGCUAUGAGGAGAAAACCAGUUCAGGAGGAAGAGGAGAGAAACGGAAAGCGGAUGAUGAUUUUCAGAGAGUUUCUGGUGGAGGUAAAUCAUACGCUCUGCGGAAACGCAUCAAAGUUUCAGAGAUGGAGAACACAAGAGACACUGAGAUGACCAGUUUUCAGGAGAAAACCAGCUCAGGAGGAAGAGGAGAGAAGCGGAAAGCAGAUGAUGCUUUUCAGAGUGUUUCUGGUGGAGGCAAACCAUCUGCCCACCGGAAACGCAUUAAAGUUACAGAGCUGGAGAACACAAGAGAAGACACCGACACAGAGGCGUCCAGCUCAGGUCAGCCCACUCUUUAUGACUGGAAAAUGCUGGAAAACUAUUAGCAGUGCUGUCAUUUGUUAAAUCCCAGAGUAAAAUAAACAGCAAUUAAUGAAAGAACUGAUUAUUAAUAGUUCAUUAUUGACUGUGAUCCACAUCAGGAGGAAGAGGAGUGAAGAGGAAAGCGGAUGAUGAUUUGCAGAGUGUUUCUGACAGAGUCAAACCAUACGCUCUGCGGAAACGCAUCAAAGCUGCAGAGACGUCCAGCGAUGAGAACAGCCGCUCAGGUCAGUCUCCCGUCACUCUUCUACAGUUGUAUGAGCAUAUAUAUGUCAGCUUAAAGGCACAGUGCACGACGACACAAAGCAGCAGAGCUUUUAUUAUGCCACAGUCCAGCGCGUCUGGUUCUUCAGCUCGUGAUCACGUGUGCUGUUUUAUCAGACUAAAUACAUGUUUUGCUUCUGUUAUAAUGCUGCUCUGUGCUGUCAAAUAAAACACAAACAUAUUAAAACCUCGCUAAACAAACAGAGCAGAAAUAGAGGAUGUGUGACGUCAUUAGCAUGAACACACACACUGGCUGUGUCUAAAAUCACACACUUCCAUACUAAAUAGUACAUUAAGACAGUAUGUGAGCCGAGUAGUAUGUCUGACCUCACAGUAUUUGUAAAACAGCAUGUGAGAAGUACCCGGAUGACCUACUACAACUGGAGAGAUUCUGAAGUGCGCAUCCAGUGGACGCUACACUAUCCCAUAAUGCACCGCGAGAGAAUUCCUGAAUGGGACUGAAUUCAUGAAUCACUCUUCUAGUGGUUUUUGGAGAUUUUAAUGGAAAAAGUCUCACAUAAUGCACCUUUAAAACUGUGAAUGAUGCAGUUUUGUGCAAAGUGUUUCUCAGUAGAGCUUCAUGACAAAACAUCUGGAAACUAUUAGCACUGCUGCCAUUUGAACAGAUCCCCAAAUACAAUAAAUGCCAAUUAAUGAAAGAACAGCUCAUUAA